CUCCACCCCCUCCUCCGGCCAGAUCCCCAUCCUCUCCUUGUGUGUGCGCCCUUCAAAUAAUCUCCUCCUUUCUGGCAAAAGAAAUAAUGCACCUGACUUUACUAGGGGGGAACAACCAGCCGAGUAGAACAAGGAACAGAUGUAAAAGGAAUAAAAGGAGAGAGAAAAAGAGAUGAGACACUUUUAAAGAAAUCCAGGGGCUGAAGAGGUGGCUGCCGCGGCAGAGGCAGCUAGAGCUUCCCUGUCUGCGUGAGCUGCAGGCAGAGGAGGACGCUUUCACCAGUUGCAGAUGUAACCUCGGGAACUCCUGGGUCCCUCGGUUUAUUUGCCAAACAAAGUCUUUUCUUCUUUGGCUCAGACACUUAAGAGGCUCCUGGACUUUUCUGCAAUCCUGCCACAAGCUGGCAGUUACCGGAGAGCCUUCCCAGGAGCUGGCGGAGAAAUGAGCCCUUGUGGGCGGAAGAUGGGCGAAGGGCGUCAGCAGCUGGGGGCUCCCGUCGGGAAGCCCCUUCGGCUCCGGGUGAGGAGAGAGACACCCCGCGGCCUGCCAGGCAGCAGCGGCACCUGGACUCAGCGCUCCCUGCUAGGGCUCUUGGUGCACAUGUGGCUGUGGGCGGCCUCGGGCUCGUCUGCUCAGUUGUUCAACCUCACCCUUUCCGUGGAUGAGGGGCUUCCCCCGGACACGCUGGUCGGUGACAUCCGCGCGGGGCUGCCGGCCGCGCAGCAGGAGGGGAGCGGCUUCUUUCUGUCGGAGGAUUCGGAUGACUCGCCGCUGCUGGACGACUUCCACGUGCAUCCGGACACCGGCAUUAUCCGCACUGCGCGGCGCCUGGACCGCGAGCGGCGGGACCGCUACAGCUUCGUGGCCGCCACGCUACUGGGCGCCGUGGUGCAGGUGGAGAUCCGCGUCAACGACGUGAAUGACCACUCGCCCCGCUUUCCCCUCGACUCCCUGCAGCUAGACGUCUCCGAGCUCAGCCCGCCGGGGACCGCCUUCCGCCUGCCAGGUGCCCAGGAUCCCGACGCCGGGCUGUUCAGCACUCAGGGAUACACCCUGGUGCUACCGUCCGACCUUCCCGAGGACCCCGCAGGCCCGUUCUUCGAGUUGCGCUACGGGGCUCCGGGGCCACUACCGUCACCGCUUUUGCCAGGCUCCUCGUCGCCGCUGGAGCCACUAGACCUGGUGCUGCUGCGGCGCCUGGACCGAGAGAAGGCGGCGGCGCACCGGCUGCAGAUCGACGCAUGGGACGGCGGCCGCCCGCGGCGAACAGGCAGCCUGCGCGUGGAGCUGCGCGUGCUGGACGAAAACGACAACCCGCCGGUCUUUGAGCAGGAAGAGUACCGCGCUGCGGUGCGCGAGGACGCCCCGCCGGGCGCGGAAGUCUGCCGCGUGCGCGCCACCGACCGCGACCUGGGGCCCAACGGUUUCGUGCGCUACAGCGUCCGCGCCCGGCAAGUGCCCGGGGCUGGGAGCGGCGGCGGGGCCCUGGGCGACGCGGCCUACUUCGCCGUGGAGGAGCUGAGCGGCGUGGUGCGAGUGCGGAGACCUCUGGACCGCGAGGCGCAGGCCUGGCACCAGCUGGUGGUGGAGGCCCGCGAUGGAGGCGCCGAGCCUGAGGUUGCCACGGUGCGCGUGUCCAUCGCCGUGCUGGACGUGAAUGACAACCGGCCAGCCAUUCACGUGCUCUUCCUCACAGAGGAAGGCGUCGCCCGCGUCUCUGAAGGCGCCCGACCCGGCGACUACGUGGCUCGCUUCUCGGUGUCCGAUGCGGACGGUGACUGGGAGGAGAAAGACGAGGCCGCGGGGGAGCUUGGUGUGGGUCUUGGAGAUGCGAGCAUCUCUCUGUCCUUGGAAGGCGGAGAGGGAGCCUUCGCGUUGCGGCCCGGCGGCCCCCCAGGGGUAUUUUUCCUUUGCGUCGAGGGGCCCCUGGACAGAGAGAGCCGCGAUCUGUACGAGUUACGACUGGUGGCCACGGAUGCGGGCUCCCCGCCGCUGAGCACCGAGGAGACGCUGCUACUCCGGGUCGCCGACCUCAACGACCAACCACCUCUCUUCAGCCAACAGCAUUACAAGGCCUCAGUGUCCGAGGCCGCGGCCCCUGGCACUGUAGUCCUGUGGGUCAGCGCCUCCGAUGCCGACGAGGCAGGCACCGAUCACGCCUGGCUACGCUACACACUAGUCCAACUCUCGGCUCCCUGCAAUCCAGAGGCUUUGCCCACCGCAGAGUGUGGACCAUCUUUCACCAUUGAUCCCGAAAGUGGUGCCAUAAGCACCCUCCGGACUCUAGACCGAGAGGUCCAGGAGGCGGUGGAGCUGAGAGUGGUGGCCCAGGACCUCGGAGAGCCCUCGCUCUCUGCCACCAGCUUGGUGAGCAUCACCGUGGAUGAUGUGAAUGACAACGAGCCCAUCUUCUGGAGGCAGGUGUACAAUGCCACCCUUGCAGAGCAUGCUCCAGUUGGACACUGCUUUCUGCAGGUGACAGCCUCUGAUGCAGAUUCAGGAAUCUAUGGCUUUAUUGAGUAUUCUCUUUAUGAUGGAUUCCUGAGCUAUGAAGCACCUCAGGCAUUUCGGAUCGACCCUCAUGAUGGGCGAAUCUGUGUUUCUCAAGAUAUCGACAGGGAAAGAGAUUCAGCUACCUAUGAUCUCCUGGUGAAAGCUAAGGAUGGGGGUGGGCUAAGUGCCCAAGCCUUUGUUCGUGUGGACCUGGAGGACGUGAAUGAUAAUCAUCCCGUGUUUAACCCAUCAACCUAUGUGACAAGUAUCAGUGGUCAGACCCAGCCAGGCUCCGAAAUCAUCAAUGUUCUCGCCACUGAUCGGGACUCUGGGAUAUAUGGGACAGUGGCUUAUGAGCUUAUUCCAGGAGAUGUGUCAUCCCUUUUUAUCGUUGACUCCACCACAGGAAUUAUUUAUUUAUCAUCACCUCUUAGUCAUUUGGAGUCUACUACACUUUCACUGAUGGUCACUGCUCAAGAUGGUGGUGGGCUCGCAGCUCUCAUUAAUGCCGAUGUUACCAUACACAUUUUCCAGACAACUCUGGUGACUGCCGAGUUUGAAAAGCCUAAGUACACAUUUUUAGUUUAUGAAGAUGUGCCUGAAGAUAGUCCUGUUGGAACAGUGAAAGCAAGAGAGCCCUUGAACUCCUCAGAACCAAUCCUUUACAGGAUUUCUUCUGGUGAUCUGGGCGGGAAGUUCUCCAUUCACCCGUGGCUGGGCACUAUUCGCACCCGGAGGCCACUGGAUCACGAGACGCAGCCGGUGGUUGUGCUCACCGUGCAGGCGCAGCUCGGCAGCGCCCCAGCCUGCAGCAGCACGGAGGUCAACGUAACCGUCCUGGAUGUCAACGACAACCACCCAGCGUUCCUCAGGACCUCGGAUGAGAUUAGAAUAUCCCAGACCACGCCGCCUGGCACAGCCUUGUACCUCGCACGUGCGGAAGACAGAGACAGCGGGCGGAAUGGGCUCAUCCGGUAUGCCAUCGCCAGCCCUCAGCCGAGUGUCUUUGCCAUCGACAGAACCCUGGGGGUGCUGUUCCUCAACGGCAGCCUGGGCGCAGGCGAGCCCCGGGAGCGCACGCUGACUCUCAGGGCCGAGGACCACGGCGUGCCUCCUCGGGCAGCCCUGCUGCUGCUGACGGUCAUUAUCGAGAAACGAGAACCCAGCCCAUCCUGGACGUUCGAACACUUGGUGUAUCAAGUGGAAGUCAGCGAGUCACUCUCACUGACGACACAAAUACUGCAAACACAGGUGCACCCACUUGGCCCCCAGCGUGCAGCCUCGCCGCUUAGGUACUCGCUGGAACCCAGCUUAGACUCUGCUAUGUUUGGAAUCCGCCCUUACACUGGCUGGAUUUAUUUGCGGCGACAGCUCGACUAUGAAUCCACCCAAACAUAUAAUUUUAGAGUGUUUGCUUGGAUCCCCGAGGACGGAUUGUUGCAAAAUGUGAGCACUGCGGUCAUUGUUCAUGUCCGGGAUGAGAAUGACAAUUUCCCCACCUUCUUGCAUGAUGUGUUGUUUUUGAAAGUCGAAGAGAGCCCUGUUCCCCAAGGGGUAAUAGGCAAAAUUACAGCUAUUGACAUGGACUCUGGAAAGAACGGACAGCUAUUAUAUUUCCUUUUGUCCGAUGGAAAAUUCUUCAAGAUGAAUCCUAAUACAGGAGAGUUGAUCAGUUGGGUGGCACUGGAUCGUGAGCACCAGGGGCAUCAUCAGAUGACUGUGCUAGUGACGGACUGUGGCUCCCCACCACGAAAUGCCACCAUGGCGGUUUACGUCUCAGUGACUGACAUAAAUGAUAACAAGCCCUUCUUCCCCCAGUGUCUCCCUGGAAAGGAGUUACACGUGAAGGUUCUGGAAGGUCAACCAGUAAAUAUGUUGGUUACGACUGUGUUUGCAAAGGAUCCUGAUGAAGGAAAUAAUGCAGAAGUUUUAUACUCAGUAUCUUCAGAAGAUAGUUCUGAUCAUUUUAAGAUUGAUGCCAACAGUGGUGAAAUAAGAACAACCACAAUACUUUCAUAUGAUUACAGACCUUCCUACAGAAUGACUGUCAUGGCCACUGACCAGGGAGUGCCUCCUCUUCAAGGACAGGCAGUUGUUAAUAUUCAGGUGAUCCCACUAUCCAAAGGGAGAGCAAUCAUUUCUCAGAAUAUUAGACAUUUAGUUAUACCAGAAAAUUUGAAGCCCACAAAAAUAAUGAGCUUGAUAAAGGCACCUGAUCACCUUCACCAACAUUAUAAUGGAAAGUUACAUUUUAGUAUUGUUGCAGAUGAUAAGGAUGGACACUUUGAAAUAGACAGCUCAACUGGAGACUUGUUUCUUUUUAAGGAACUUGAUUAUGAAACGACAUCUCAUUAUCUUUUCAGGGUGAUUACUACAGACCAUAGUAAAAACCUUUCCCUGAGUAGCACAGUUUUCCUUAGUAUUGAUGUGGAAGAUCAGAAUGACCAUUCCCCGUCUUUCCAGGAUGAGCUCAUUGUGAUCAGCGUAGAGGAGAAUGUUCCCAUAGGAACUCUGGUGUACAUCUUUAAUGCCAAAGAUGGUGAUGGCAGUUUUUUGAACAGUAGAAUACAAUACUACAUUGAAUCCCACAACCCUGGCAUGAAUCCAUUUCUCAUCCACCCCUCAUUUGGCACAUUAGUCACUGUGUCCCCUCUUGACAGAGAGAGCCUUCCAACUGUCACCCUGACAGUAACUGCGUCUGAUCAGGCUGUGAAUGUUACAGACCGGCGACUGAGAUCACUGACGGCACAAAUAGUGAUUUUGGAUGUAAAUGACCACAAGCCCACUUUUAUGUCUUUUCCCUUUGCCCAUGUGAAAGAGGAUGUCACAGUGGGCUCCUUGGUGCACCGUGUAACUGCUCAUGAUCCAGAUGAAGGAAGGAAUGGAAAAAUAACAUACAGCAUCCUCUCAGGAAAUGAAAACAUGGUGUUUAUGCUAGAUGAGUCAUCAGGCUUACUAACUACAACUUGUCCUUUGGAUUAUGAAAUGAAAACUCAGCACAUUCUGACUGUUCUGGCACUGGAUGAUGGCACACCAGCACUUUCUUCAUCCCAGACUUUAACAAUUACUGUUCUAGAUGUAAAUGAUGAAGCUCCAGUAUUUAAGCAGCAGCUGUAUGAAGCUUCAGUGAAAGAAAAUCAAAAUCCAGGGGAGUUUGUCAUAAGGGUUGAAGCUCUGGACAGAGAUUCAGGAGUCAAUUCCAAGCUUCAGUUUGAAAUCAUGCCAGGUGCUUCAUUUGAAUUGUUCCAGAUAAAUUCUGACAGUGGAGAGGUAGUGACAACCACCAUGCUUGACAGAGAAGUUCAAGAAGUCUUCACCCUUCGAGUACUAGUACGAGAUGGCGGAGUCCCUUCACUGUCCAGCACCACAACAAUCCUCUGCACUGUUGAAGAUGAAAACGAUCACACGCCAGAGUUUAUUGUUUUCAGUUACAACAUUGAGGUUCUGGAAAACCGGGAACCAGAGGUUGUCUAUACUGUUUUAGCUUCUGAUAUGGAUGCUGGCAAUAACAGAGCUGUUGAAUAUCACAUAAUUGAUGGAAAUACGGAUGAGUACUUUGCUAUAAACAAGAUGUCAGGAGAACUCUCAACCACUCGUGCUUUGGACCGGGAGCAAGUCAGCAAUUUCACCCUUGCCAUCCUGUGCUCUGAUCUGGGAGAGCCGCCUAGGAGCUCUGUAAUACAUCUGCAAGUUAGAGUUUUGGAUGCCAAUGACCACAGCCCUUCUUUUCCCACACCUUAUUAUCAGUCCUCUGUGAGAGAAGAUGCUGAAGUAGGAACAGUGGUUCUUAUGCUUUCAGCUGUGGACAAGGAUGAAGGCCUGAAUGGGCAAACUGAGUAUCUUUUGACUGAUGAAGCUUCUGGUGCAUUCACCAUGGAUCCUACGUCAGGCACAUUGAGAACCAGCAACACCCUUGACCGUGAAGCUAGAUCUCAGCAUACAUUUAGUGCUGUGGCCAGAGACUGUAGCAUCGAGGGCUCACGGAGCACCACCGUAAUUAUAAAAGUAUAUAUCACUGAUGUUAAUGACAAUGACCCAGUUUUGGAACAGAAUCCUUUCGAUGUUGUUCUUUCCCCCCAGUCGCCUACAAACCAGAUAACUUUCAUUCUGAAAGCCAAUGACCCAGACUUGGGGCCCAAUGGAACUGUGGUUUUUAGUUUUGCAGAGACCCAGUCAAUGUUUUCUAUUGAUAAACAUACAGGAGAAAUUCAACUUCAGCAAAGUCCAUCUUCAGAAUAUUUCCCUUUCUGGCUGCAGUUAAAAGUUAUGGACCAGGGUGUUCCAGCUAGGACAACCACAGGUCUCUUGGUCAUUCACAUGGAAGGAGAAGACAUAAAGAUUUCCUUCAGCCAACACCUGUAUAAAGGGCUUGUGACUGAAAAUUGCGAGGCAGGUACUUCUAUUGUAACUGUAAAAGCUUUUGCUCCUGACUCAAUACAGGACAGCAUGAAAUAUUCCAUUUUUAGUGGAAAUGAAGAUGGAGUUCUUUCCCUGUGCUCUAACUCAGGACAACUCACUGUGAAAGAACCCAAGUUUCUUGAUUUUGAAGUCCGAAAUGAGGUGCAGCUCAUCGUUUUAGCUGAAAGUAGCGGGCAUAGAGCCUAUAGCAAAGUAGCAGUCUUGAUACAGGAUAUGAAUGAUAAUUCACCAUGCUUUGAGCAAAGCAUCUACCAAGCAUCAGUGUCUGAAGGCCAAUUCUACAAUGCUAGCAUCAUACAGGUUUUUGCUACUGACCUGGACAGUGGUUUGAACGGCCUAAUUGAGUAUUCUAUUCUCUCUGGCAACCAAGAAGAAGCAUUCCAGAUUGAUGCACUGAGUGGUGUGAUAACGACAAACGUGAUUCUAGAUUACGAGCUCACCAGCUCCUACAGCUUGAUUGUGCAAGCCACAGAUAAAGGGAUGCCCAGGCUUUCUAAUACAACUGUGAUCAAGAUACAGGUGACUGAUAUAAAUGACAAUGCCCCAGCUUUUCUCCACUCUGAAGCAGUGGAAAUUGCAGAAGAUUCUUUGCCUGGUGUAAUUGUGACUCAUGUGUCAGUCCAUGAUGAGGAUUUGAAUUCAGCUUUCAUAUUCAGUUUUGCCAAAGAGAGUAAUCCUGGAGCCAAGUUUGCUAUUGAUCCGAACACUGGAGUGGUGGUGUUGGUGAAAACACUGGAUUUUGAAGAAGUGACUGAAUAUCGGCUGCUCAUCCAAAUUUCUGAUUCAGUGCACCGCACAGAGGGAGCACUUGUAGUCCGUGUGCUGGACGUCAACGAUAAUCUACCAGUGUUUUCUCAAGAAUUCUAUCAGGUCACAGUUCCUGAAUCAAUACCUGUGGGGUAUUCAGUGCUGACUGUGUCAGCCACAGACUUAGAAAACAAUGCGAACAUUUCUUACAGAAUUCUUUCCUCUUCUAAGGAAUUCUCCAUUGAUCCUAAGAAUGGCACAAUAUUUACUACCGGUCCCAUAUUGCUUCUGGAUAAAAUAUCAACAACUCAAUUUCUUGUUGAAGCCAGUGAUGGUGGAAAUCCUGAGCUGAGAGCUCUUACAUUAGUGGAGAUAGGAAUACAAGAUAUGAACAAUCAUGCCCCUGAGUUCACAGUCAAAUCCUAUAAUCUUAGCCUAAGUGAGGAUGCUCUGAUUGGAAGCACGCUUGUUACAUUUUCAAACAUCGACCAUGACUGGACCCCUGAAAACACAUAUGUUGAAUAUUCCAUCAUCAGUGGUAAUUUACAGAACAAUUUUCAUGUGGAAACUAAUUUCAUUCAUUCAGAAUAUCCUUAUAAGCAAGUCGCUUACCUUGUGUUGCUUCACAGUCUGGACAGAGAAGCAAGUGCUAGCCAUGAGAUUGCCAUUCUAGCAUCUGACAGUGGCUGCCCUCCACUGAGUGCCACAGCUGUCAUAUCAAUACAAGUACUUGAUGUCAAUGACAAUCCUCCAAACUUCAGCAGCCUGAGCUAUCACACCCAUGUCAAGGAAAGCACCCCUCUAGGGAGUCACAUCACUGUAGUCUCAGCAAAUGAUCGUGACACAGGGUCACAUGCAGAAAUCAUCUACCACAUCAUCUCUGGAAAUGAGAAGGGACAUUUUUAUUUAGAAGAAAACACUGGAGUUCUUUAUUUGAUUAAACCUCUGGAUUAUGAAGAAAUGACAAAAUUCACCUUAACUGUCCAAGCUUCAGAUGCAGAAAAGAAACACUUUUCUUUUGCAGUUGUGUUUGUCAAUGUCCUGGAUGAUAAUGACCAUGCACCUCAGUUUAUGUUUUCAAGUUUCAGCUGUGUUGUUCCUGAAAAUCUGCCUGUUUCCUCUACCAUAUGCUCUAUCAGUGCUCUCGAUUUUGAUGCAGGUCCAUAUGGAGAAUUGACCUAUUCUAUUGUAUCACCCUGUUUACUCAUUCACGGAAUGUCUUACAAUCAUGAUCUCUUCCUUAUUGACCCUUUGACAGGGGAUAUUCAUGCUAAGCAAAUCCUUGACUAUGAAAAUGGCAAUAAAUACUGCCUCACAGUCCAAGCCAAAGACAAAGGUGAUGCAACAGCCUCUUUAGUGGUCUGGGUGGAUAUUGAAGGGAUAGAUGAAUUCGAACCCAUUUUCACUCAAGAUCAGUAUCUUUUCACCCUCCCAGAAAAGAAUAAAGACAGACAGUUGCUUGGAAGAGUGGAAGCCUCAGAUGCAGAUGCUGGUAUUGAUGGAGUCAUUCUUUAUUCUCUUGGAACCUCAUCUCCUUUCUUUUCAGUAAAUAAAACCAAUGGAAAUAUUUAUUUGAUUAGAGCCCUUCCCCUAAUAAAAAGUCAAGUCAACAAAGAAGACAUAAUGGAAAUGAAAAUAAUCGCUCAUAGCCCCAAACCAGACUCCAAGUUUGCAUCUUGCACUGUUUUUGUGAAUGUGUCUUUCUCCUCUGAAGGAACACACUUGGCAGUGUUCACCAGCAGCUUUUCAAUCAGCCUGGUGGUCUCCUUUUUAGUGUUUCUGAUACUCAUCUGCAUUCUAAUUGUACUGAUUUUAAGACAUAAACAAAAAGACACAAUAAACAGUUAUGACGAGAAGAAAACCUCAUCUUUAGAUAUGGACUUGAAAGUUAACAGGGAUCCCAGUGUGCUCAAAGCCUUCCAGAAAACUGAUGACUGCAGGAACAAGGUGGUGCCCGUAGAUGCCACGCCGGAAUGGUUGAGUUUAAUUAGUAUGGGGAAGGACAUUGUCAAUCUGUACAGACACUCAAACUCCAGUGGCCACUGUUUUGUGGAAGGAGAAACUGCAGAAGACAAGGAAAUCCAGAGGAUAAAUGAGCAUCCCUACAGAAAGGGCUCAGACUCAGCUCUGAGUGACUGCGAGUCCAGGGUGCCAGACUCGGGUAUCCCCAGGGACUCGGACCAGCUCUCCUGCCUAUCUGGGGAAACCGAUGUGAUGGUGACUGCUGAAACGGCGGAUGCCAGCCAAAUGCUUGGGGAAGGAGAUCGAGGGGAAGGCUACGGUACCAUCUGUGCUCAAAAUAAUGUGUUACCCCAGAGAGUUCAGAAGAGAGAGGCAAAAGAGAGUAUCCUGGCUGAUGCUAGAAAAGAGUCUGUCUUUAUUUCAGGUGAUCAAGAAGUAAGGUGUGCAGCUCUUUCAACUCAGACAACCUCUGAUCAUGAUGGAAGAGGCAACUAUCACUGGAAUUAUCUUCUCAGUUGGGAACCCAAGUUCCAACCUCUUGCCUCAGUAUUUAAUGAUAUUGCGAAACUAAAGGAUGAACAUGUGCAUAUGCCUGGCAUUCCAAAAGAGAAGAAAUCUUUUGUUUUUCCACCCCCUUUGAUAACAGCAAUAGCCCAGCCUGGGAUUAAAGCAGUCCCACCAAGAAUGCCAGCAGUAACCCUGGGGCAGGUGCCUCAGAAACACCCACGCUCUCCCAUCCCCUAUCAUCUUGGUUCUCUGCCAGAAGCCAUGACUCCCAGUUUUUCUCCAUCUCUUUCCCUAUUGACCAUGCAGCCUCCUGCCUUGUCUCCACUGUUAUCAGAAGGAGAAUUAUUAGGAACACACAUCAGUGGUACAUGCCAUGAACUUAAAGUAGAAGAUGAAAUUCAAAUAUAAAGCCACUGGGAUGCCAAGUACCUGCUCACCAUCGGUCAUGAAUAAAUGAACAAAACAUUCUCAGCCAGCAACUCAAGAUUGGGCUCAUUUUUAUCUAAAAGCAAGUGAUAUACUUUAGUCAGAGUUUUUUAAACCUCCCCAUUAAAGUUUCUCGAAUUUUUUCCAGCCUUAAUGAAAAAUUAUUUCCUCUUUUAAUCCUUAUAUGUUGCUCUCAGGACUCACAUUUGUAUAUAUCGAGUAGUGUAUAUUCUGUCAUACUUGUUGUCUGUUUGAUUAGGCUUCCAAAGGACACAGUGAACUUAACUGACUGCCAGGGUGUUUAUACUGUAACAAAAUAUAGUGUACUCUGGUCACAUUGCUGCUGAUUACACUGCUAUAUCUAAAACAAAUUAGUAAAGGCAAAAUAUGAGAUAAGUUUUGGUCAGAACAUAUUAUAACAGACAGGGGAAGUCUAAAUGGAUAAACUUUAGUUUUAAGAUAAAGCAACAGUCGGUGGAUCUCAUAUAUUUAGAGGAAUAUUUCUCCAUCGUUUCCCCAAAUAUCACACCUGUACAGUUUAGCCAUAAUUGAAGUUCAAUUUGGAGUCUUUGGGAAAUCUAAUGAGAAAUUAAGAAUGGAAUUUGUCAUAACUCUGUGCCAAUAAGGUGAAAACGAGUAAGAUAAUUAUUCCUGAUUAAAUAAAGCAGAAACGCAUGUUCAUGAUAGAGGGCCAGGAUUGAUACUCACAGUAUUUAUGUGAUUUGCUAUCACCUGAGAUAUAUUAUCUUGGCCUUUACAAACAGAAUGGCUUUUUUUUUCCAGGUCUUGUCUUAUAAGUCAGUGUGAGUAAAGACAUUAAACUUCAAAGAUUAAUUUAUAGAAAUUUUUUCAUUUUAUUUUCUUCUAGAUACAGUAACUUUUUGUGUGAAAUAAUUUAUCCACAUAGUGUCAGUUUUUAAAGUUUGUGUAGAUAAAAUCAUGUUAUUAGCUAAUGAUAAAUCCCAUGGAGUAAUUUAGCAAUAUAUUUUUAAAUGAAGUUUUUUAAUGGAAAUGUUUCUACUACAAAAGUUAAAAAGUCAGAAGUCUUUUAACCAUUCGCUCACACUCAUGUGCAGCUUUAACUGUCAAGAGGUGGAGCAGUUUGGCACAUGGUUAAAAUGACUCUGUACAAUUACUAUUUUAGAAAUAUAGCAGUGCUAUAUGGUGCUCAUAUACAGUGCUCUAGCCUUCUUUCUGAUGAGUCUGGGAAUCCCAUGAAGAUUCUCAUCCCUCUAAGGAAGGCGGAGUGCAUCCUGACGAUGGUGGUCCAGAAGUCAUCUUCCCAUGGUUGGCACCAGGGCCAGGUGUUAAGCUAACAGUUCAGGAAUUUUAAUGUGAAAUCUAAAGGUUAUUGUGUGGCUUUCUUAGUAGUUAGGAUGGGCUUCUACUACAGAAAUAGUUCCUUUGUGUUUUUCUUCUGUAGGCAUCAUCUGUGAAAUAUUGUGACAUAAUUUCUCUUUACUAAAAAAUAAUUCAGGGUGCAGUGUUUGAUAUCUGGUUUUGUAGAUAAAUAAUUCUGUAGCUUCCUAUGCUGAUAUUAUCUAUUAUAUAUCUAUGCUGACUCAGAGAACAAAUGUAUAAAGCUACAUUACAAACUGUAUGAAACAUGAAGGUUUUUUAAUAAGCCUGAAAUCCUAGGAAAAAUCCUGUAGACUGGGAAAUUUAAAUAGUGUGAGACUGAUACAUGUUUCUCCUUUUCUUCUUGGAAUCUGGGGAAGAAGAUUUUAUGACUUAUGUUAAAAACAAAACAAAAAAACCCACACAAUUAAUCAUUUAUGUGUUCGACUAUUUAUUAUCUUUCUGACUCUUUUGAAAACACUGCUUUGAACAUAGAAAGAAAGUCUAUACUAUUUUUCCUAAUUGUGUAUGGAAGUUUUCCUUUCACAACAGAAUUAUUUCUGGAAACUAAGAACAUUUUGUUGUUUUUAAUUAAACAGGUUCUUUAUUUACUAUGCUUAAAAAGAGUUAUUCAUCUACCUAUUUCUGAAGUUAUUUAUUACUGUGAUUUAUUUACUCAUUAUGGAUGUGAUUCUGUAUAUUUUCUAACCAUUUCAUAAAAAAAAGAAGACAUAUAGUUGUUGUUAGAGCUUCUUACCAAUAUUUAAUGGACUUUUAAUUGAUAGAUUUAUUAAUCUGUAUCCAGUGCCACACCACCACCAAACAAGUACUACAAGUGGGAUUGUGGGUAAAAAUGUGAACACUCUGGUUAAGUGUUUGCAAUAAAUCGUGUGUCAGCCCUUUCAA